ACCGCAAGACCAAAACACGGGGAGGCAGAAGAAGCCGGCCGGACUGGACUGGGGCUUAAAUUUCAGCCUUUCCAGCACUUUUGGUGCAAACAUCUCUCUGUCUUACAUAAGCCAAUGCUCUCCUUCGCUGUAACGCUAGUCAGACAUGGUGAGACACAGCACAACAGGGACGGCCUGCUUCAAGGCCAGGGGAUAGACUCUUCUCUGUCUGAAGUUGGGAUACAGCAAGCAGAAGCUGCUGGACACUAUCUCCAAGAUGUCCAGUUCACUAAUAUCUUUGCCAGUGACAUGAAACGUGCCAAGCAGACGGCUGAAAUUAUUGUGCGGAAAAAUAAGACGUGCAAUCAUUUACACAUCGUUACUUAUCCAUCACUUAAAGAGAGGAGCUUUGGUGUUGCCGAGGGAGGCCGUGUGGUCGACAUGAAGAACAUGGCUAAAGCAGCAGGCCAGCCAAUCCCAGAAUACACUCCACCAGAGGGAGAGACCGUGGAUCAGGUGAAGGUACGGAUCAGCACGUUCCUUAAAGCCAUGUUCCAGCAGAUGGCUGACGACCAUCGAAACAAAAUACAGCUGGAGGAGGAAACGCAGGCCGCCGAAACGGACGGCCCUCUCGCAGGUCGCCCGGAUGAUGGCGUACACAACGUUCCUGCUCAUGCCCUUGUGGUGACCCAUGGUGCCUACAUGCGGGUAGCUGUUCGGUAUUUCAUCAAGGACCUCGCGUGCUCGGUGCCUCUCGGCUCGGACAUGAUUCAGGUGUUUUCGGCCUGCUCCAACACCGGAAUGUGCCGAUUCAUUGUGACUCUGAAAUGUAGCGACAGUGACGUUGUGCUCUCCAGCAUGAAGUGUGUAUUUGUGAACCGGAGAGACCACAUCAAAGCUGAGGGCACUUGAGCGGAAGACCAUAAACAAUGAACGUGAAGUUGUGAAAUGUUCUACUUAUUUAAUGUUAAAGAGCAACAUGCAGCACUCCAGCCUGAACUGGUCUUACAAUAAAGUUUAAUGGUCUAACUUAC